CAGGGUGUAAUGGUGUAGUGUGACGAACUAAACGUAAGCAAUAUUCCGGUAUGUCAAGCUGAAAUCAACCCCAACAUACACCGCAACUAAAUGCCCUGGCCAUGAAACUAUCUUUACCCCCACGUCUUUGUCGUGUUGUGUUGUGCAUGGGUUGUCCGUAAGCACGCACUUCUCAGCAGUUGCACGACGUCCACGGAGGGCGCUGGUGACGGUGGAGGGCGGAUGCUGGGACGAACACACGACAGAACUACAGCACAGUUGGCGAGAAAAGUGUCUCAUUAUAUGGUGGAUUACACCAGGACGACGAACAACCACGAGAAGGCAAGCAGUAGUUUCACUAUCCAUGAAUCAAACGAUCUAGACACUGUUCAAAGUCGACUCACUAAUCAAACGGAGAUCACAAUAUGUUUCUGUGAAGCAAACUGAAGACCCUGUGUUUUAAUGAAUGAAACGUGAUAUGCCAUGUUCACAUACUGAGUGCCAUGUGGAAACUUUGUUCACAUGAAUCAAGGGACUCAUAACCGACAGUAACUGAACUGGACAGACACUGUUCACAUGAAUGCAACUCUGGAGGUCCUCUGCUGUCAGGAAUCAAACUGUGGCACUGAAACCAUCAGUAGAUCGCCAUCACAAGGAGCAGACAGUGGUGUAACCCUGUCCAAGGCUAACACUUCUACUAGAACAAUGCACGGAACACCCCCUUCAUGAUCUACACGAAGUCAGGAUGAAUGAUUCAAAUUUUUCGAAGGAAGAGGAUGCCUCAAUAUUGCAAAACAAGGAAACGGCCAAACUCCUGUGGCAGAUCAUUUCGCCGAUCCUCCUUCUGGUUGGAACUGUAGGCAAUCUCCUUUCCAUUGUUGUGUUGACCCGUGGGAAAAUGAGGUCCAAUAUGUCCAAAUACUUGACCUGUCUGGCAGUGGCUGAUCUAGCUGUCCUGCUAUUGGGACUGCCAAGGGAAUGGGUGAGGGCUGUGUUUGAUAAAGACAUCCGCGAUAUUCACGGAGCUGCUUGUAAGAUCCACACGUGGCUUCUGUACUCAAGUCUCCACGCAUCAGCCUGGAUACUGGUCUCGGUCACCAUUGAACGCACAGUGUUUGUUUACAGACCUCUGCGGUACAGGAUCAUGUGCACCAAGCGAGUGGCGACAUUCAGCGUGGCUCUUGUUGUAUGUGCGUGUCUGUUAUUAAACUUUCAAAUUCUGUUCCUUAUGGAGCAUACUGAAACAGACCCCGGCGUGUAUGAGUGUGACAGUGCUUAUGAUCACUUUUAUGAUAAUGUGUUCCACUGGAUUGAUAUGUGUGUGUGGUGUAUCGCACCCGUUGUGGUUCAUCUUGUGUGCAAUAUUCUCAUCAUUUACCGCCUACGUACGCACGCCCGCACCAUGUCAAGACACAAUUCAACAGCCAGAGCAGACAGAUCAAGGCAACGACUCAUAACGUCCAUGACAACUAUGCUGCUGAGUCUGAACCUGGUGUACCUCCUCUGCACGUUGCCUGUGUCCGUCUUCUUCGUUGGGGAGAGGUAUUGGAAGGUCAUGUACCCAGGGAAGGAGGCAGAAGCUGCGCGGGAGCUUAUUAAGGCAUGUGUGAGUCUAGUCAUGUACCUCAACACCUCAACGAACUUCAUCACGUGUUUGGUCAAAGGUAAACGGUUUCGGGAGGAGGUUCGGAUCAUUUUCACCUGUCAGCGACCACGACGAAUGCCACGUCUACAAAGUUCCACUUUAAUCUCUACUAUUUCAAGGUCAUUGCGACAGACGUCACUGACACAGUCAUCAAGCAGUUCAUCAAGCGACAUAAUUGGCCUGAGUUAUAGACGUAGAGCCGCUCCAAAACAAGUCAAUACCAGCGCGUGACGAGGUGGAAAAAUCAGCACCAUCACGUGACGAGGUGGACAAACCAACACCAGCACGUGACGAGGUGGACAAAUCAACACCCGCACGUGACGAGGUGGACAAAUCAACACCAGCGCGUGACGAGGUGGACAAAUCAACACCGCCACGUGACGAGGUGCACAAACAGUCAGCUGAUGCAGCGUAUUGCGACGUGGUCAAACAACAUACGUUCUUCUGACGAAGUGACCACAUGGACGUAUCAGGACAUAGGGAUAUUUGAACAGGGCGAGAUCACAUGAGGGUUAUUGUGAAUUGAGUCAGAUUCCGUUGACAUGUUAAUCAGAAAACACCCACCUGUUCUGAUCUUCUCGACAAUCUGUCCCGGGGAUAGAUGACUUUAUGCCAUAUUUAUGCCAUAUCUAUAACAUUGUUAGAUUCCUGAACCACAGUGACCAAGCAUACCAGUUAGCUUAUGUAUUAGGACCGAGGUAUACUAUUGCAAUAUGGAACAAGUUUUUAUGGAUAACAACUUCUUUAUUUCGUGAGUGCGACGUUUCGAUACAGAUUCCU